AUGGCCCCCACAGAAAGCAACAAGCGUUUGGCUUUGGCCAUUAUCGACUUUCUCGGCUCCAGCCUGAAGGAUGGCACUCUGACCGCCGACGAUGCCGAAUCGAUCGAGAUCGCCCAGUCCUGCAUUGCUGAUACAUUCAAGGUUGACCCUACCGACGAGGCCGCCGUGAAGGAGGCGGUGGGUGGACAGUCUCUUGCCAGCAUCUACAGCGUCUACGAGAAGCUGCGCAGCAAGUCCACUCCCCAGGCCGGCAGUGCUAGCACCGAGCAAUCGCAAACCGACAAGCCCAAGACUGGCGCACCUACUGCUGAGUCUGACAAGUUCAAGUCUGAGGGCAAUGCUCUUAUGUCUCGCAAGGAUUACAAUGGUGCGAUCGCGCAGUACACCAAAGCCCUGGAGAUCGCCCCCGGCAACCCCAUCUACCUCUCCAACCGGGCCGCUGCCUUUUCGGCCUCUAGCCAGCAUGAGAAGGCCGCUGAGGAUGCUGAACUGGCUGUUAGCGUUGACUCCAAGUACUCCAAGGCCUGGAGUCGUCUGGGUCUUGCCCGAUUCGACAUGGGUGACUACCAUGCCGCUAAGGAGGCUUAUGAAAAGGGUAUCGAGGCCGAGGGCAACGGUGGCAGUGACGCCAUGAAACGCGGCCUGGAGACCUCUUCUCGUAAGAUCGAGGAAGCUAGCCGAGGCACUGAGCCCCCAUCUGAAGAGUUGGAUUCUGCACCUGGUGCUUCUCGUGGCGGAGGCGGCAUGCCCGAUCUGUCAGCCUUGGCAGGCAUGCUUGGUGGCGGCGGUGGUGGCGGUGGUAUGCCCGACUUGGGCUCUAUGAUGAGCAACCCUAUGUUUGCCAACAUGGCCCAGAACCUCAUGGGCAACCCCGACAUGCUGAACAACCUAAUGGGCAACCCACGCCUUCGUCAGAUGGCCGAGAACUUCGGUCAGGGCGGUGGUAUGCCGGAUAUGUCUAGUCUUAUGAGCGACCCCAACAUUGCCGACAUGGCCCGUAACAUGAUGGGUGGUGGUGCUGGUGGUGCUGGUGGUGCUGGACAGGGUGGACAGGGUGGACAGGGACAGUGA